AUGUGUAAAUUCAAUUCUCCAGGAUUGCAGAUAUCCGAGCCUUCAAAGAUGGAUCUCUGGAAAAACCACACUUCAGCGACAGAAUUCAUCCUUUCUGGAUUCUCAAGUUACUCAGAUGUACAGGGCACUCUCUUCAUGGCAUUUCUUGUUGUCUAUGUUUUUACUCUGCUUGGGAACCUUGGGAUGAUCAUACUAAUCAGGAAAGAUUCCCAACUUCACCUCCCUAUGUAUUUUUUCAUCAGCAACUUGUCCUUCAUUGACCUUUGCUGCUCUUCUAACAUUACACCCAACAUGCUGGUUAACUGCCUUGCAGAAAGAAAGGUCAUCUCUUACUCUGGUUGUGUUACACAAUUGUGUCUCUUUGCUGCCUUUGUAACCAUAGAAUGUUAUCUUUUGGCUAUAAUGGCAUAUGAUCGUUACUUAGCAGUCUGCAAUCCCCUUCUUUAUCCCACAAUCAUGUCCCAGCAUCUGUGUUUAGAGUUAAUCAUUGGGUCCUAUGUAGCCGGAAUAUUAAAUUCCACUCUACAGACAUUUUCUGUCUUUCGACUGUCUUUCUGUAGUUCAAAUGUCAUCCACCACUUUUUCUGUGAUAUUCCAAAGCUGUUGAAGCUCUCCUGUUCUAGUACUUUCCUUUCAGAAAUUCUGUCAUCUUUCUUCAGUGUGGUGGUAACGAUGAGUACAAUUGUACCAAUUCUUGCUUCCUAUAUUUUGAUCCUCUCCUCCAUCCUGAAAAUUCAGUCUCUUGAUGGGCGAUUCAAAGCCUUUUCUACUUGUGCUUCCCACCUUACAGCUGUCUCUUUAUUUUAUGGGACUGGAAUAUUCGUCUAUGUCCAACCCAUGUUGAAUUCAGCAGUGGAUACAGACCAAGGUUCAUCUAAUGGCCACGUCUACCACCAGGAGACCAUUUCUAUGAUCUACAUUCCACCGUAA